GACGAUCCUCACUCCUACUCAAAGUUAAUUAACAAACGGGUUUCAGGUUAGCUGUUCAUGUUCCAAAACGCGGUGGUAUUGAUCGAUUAUCAGACUUUUAACAGAUCAUCAUCAUCAUCCGCAUCCAGAUCACAAUGGCUUCGACGACGUUCUCUCCUCUCGCCUCCGCUUCACCGUCGGCUUCACUGUCUUCUCAGGCGAAGCUCAAUACCAGCUUACGAAAUAGAAUCAAAUUGAAGCCCUGGAGCUAUGAACAUGGUUUACUUUCCGGCAAAGAUCUCUCCCGUGGUCAGAUAAAAAUGGUUGCCACAGUUAAUGUUUCUCGUUUUGAGGGCAUAACUAUGGCUCCUCCGGACCCCAUCCUUGGAGUAUCUGAAGCAUUCAGAGCUGAUACAAAUGAUUUGAAGCUUAAUCUUGGAGUAGGAGCGUACCGUACAGAAGAACUUCAACCUUAUGUUCUUGAUGUCGUCAAGAAGGCGGAGAACCUUAUGCUACAGAACGGAGAAAAUAAAGAGUAUCUUCCAAUAGAAGGUUUGGCUGCCUUCAACAAAGUCACCGCAGAGUUGCUGUUUGGUGCUGACAAUGAAGUGAUUCGACAACAAAGGGUGGGAACUGUCCAAGGUCUUUCAGGAACUGGAUCUUUACGACUUGCAGCAGCACUAAUCGAGCGAUAUUUCCCUGGCUCAAAAGUUUUGAUAUCAUCUCCAACUUGGGGUAAUCACAAAAACAUUUUCAAUGAUGCCAGAGUACCCUGGUCUGAAUAUCGCUAUUACGAUCCGAAAACAGUCGGUCUAGAUUUUGAAGGGAUGCUAGAGGAUAUUAAGGCUGCCCCUGAAGGGUCAUUUAUCUUGCUACAUGGAUGUGCUCACAACCCGACUGGUAUUGACCCUACACCUGAACAGUGGGAAAAGAUCGCAGACUUAAUCCAAGAGAAGAACCACAUUCCUUUUUUUGAUGUUGCCUAUCAGGGAUUUGCAAGUGGUAGCCUUGAUGCAGAUGCAUCAUCUGUUAGAAUGUUUGCUGCACGUGGUAUGGAGCUUCUUGUUGCUCAGUCAUACAGUAAAAAUCUAGGUCUUUAUGGAGAAAGAGUUGGAGCUAUCAAUGUUGUUUGCUCAUCAGCAGAGGCAGCAACAAGGGUGAAAAGCCAACUGAAGAGGCUUGCAAGGCCAAUGUACUCAAAUCCUCCCAUCCAUGGAGCUAGGAUUGUUGCCAAUGUCGUUGGUAAUCCCGAGCUCUUCAAUGAAUGGAAACAAGAGAUGGAAAUGAUGGCAGGGAGGAUAAAGAGCGUGAGACGAAAACUAUAUGACAGCCUUUGUGCGAAGGACAAAAGUGGGAAGGACUGGUCAUACAUACUAAAGCAGAUUGGCAUGUUUUCCUUUACCGGCCUCAACAAAGCUCAGAGCGAAAACAUGACGAACAAGUGGCACGUAUACAUGACCAAAGAUGGAAGAAUAUCACUGGCUGGAUUGUCUGCAGCGAAAUGCGAAUAUCUUGCAGAUGCCAUCAUCGAUUCAUUCUACAAUGUAAGCUAAGCUAAGCUUAGAUGAGACUGGAAGUACUUCCUUUCAUAGUAAGCAGGAGUGGAAUGCUGGUGAGUUCAUUUUUUCCAUUGUUUUAUACAAGAGUUCAAAAAAAUGUUGUGAUAAUAAUAGGCAAUUUCUAUUUGAAGAUUUCCCGCGGGUUCACAUAAUAAUAAAAAUGUGAUUUUGUAUCCCAAGAGCAUCCACAACCCAAAAUGGUUCCAAUGAGGUUCUUCCCUA